GGACCAAUCUGUGAGUUUGGAAUAUACAGUGAAAUUGAAAAAAAUGGAACGAUAAUGAGUCCUGAGUACCCAUCGCCAUAUUCGUCAAAUACUAUUUGCACCUAUGAAUUUCAUGGAAACGAUCAAGAACGAAUAAGAAUUGUUUUUCUGGAUUUUGAUGUUUAUUGUUCUGGAGACAAUUCUGAUAGGUAUAACUAUUCAGAUUCUGUCAGUGUUUUCAUUUUCGUUGAUGGAAGACUGGAGAAAAUAGACUCCUACUGUGGAGAUAAACUACCUGGACCUAUUAUGUCAAAUGGUCCUUGGAUGAGGAUAGAAUUCAAAGGACGUCGAGCCCAAUCCAAAUAUCGAGGAUUCAAGGCCACAUAUAGUUUUACAACAGACUAUGCUAUACGGAUUGGAUCACAGUCACAAAGAUAUCCAUGUGCAUUCAACUUUUACAGCAACGAAACAAAAUACGGAUAUUUCCACAGUCCUAACUUUCCAGGACUAUACCCAAGGAACACAGAGUGCCAUUAUUUUUUCUAUGGGAUUUUGUCAGAAAAAGUUGCACUACACUUCAGUUCUUUCGACAUAGAGGGAGUUUCUUCAUGCGACGCCCAAACUGCAAGUGAUUCUGUAGAAAUCUCAAACUAUCAUGGAGAAGAUAGAAAAUACACCAGAUAUUGUGGAAAACUGAGUGAAUUCGAUGUAGAAUCUGAUAGCAGAUUUUUCAGAGUUACUUUCAGAUCAAACGGUAGACUAGACGGCACUGGCUUCAACGCCACCUAUUAUUUUCUCGAAAGAAUAUUCACGACGAAAAAAUUCCAAGAAAUUCCAAGAAAUGGUGAGGGUCUAUAG